CACGGCUUCACGAGCCAGUUUACCCCACAUGAUGAUUGUGCGAUAAUGGAAUGUUGCUUAACCGGAUUAUAUAUUUUAAAAAAAGAAGCUUGACAGGCGAUGCAGCACUGUCCGUGAAAAAUUAGCAUUGCUGAAAACGAACGCACAUUUUUGAAAAACAGGGAGAUGCAUUUUCGAAGGCACAGGAAUCUUGUUGUUACCGUGGUGGUGUUUCUGGUCCUCAUCACCAUUUUGUACAUCUCUGGGCCAAAGGACAUUGACACGUCAUGGUGCUGUGUUGAGGUGAGGCCCCUCCAGGCUCGCUCCGCCUCCUUCACCAACAUCACCCAAGGGAAAUUGAGUGUUCCUCCCCUGCAGCCAGAGUCAUGGGUGGAUCAGGGAGACUAUCUACCAAUCAGAGUGUCCUACACCCUUCUGGCUGGAACGCCCCCCACAGAGAAGAAGUUCCUAACGGUGGGGCUGUCGUCUGUGAGGCGUAAGAAUGGCAGCUACCUGCUUGCCACCCUGCGCUCCAUCUUCUCCCAGUCCUCCAGCGCCGAGCGCAGCUCCCUGCUGGUGGUGCUGCUGCUGGCUGACUUCGAUGCCCAGUGGAGGGCCUCCACGCUGGGGCAGAUCACGGCCGAGUUCUCCCCCCAGCUGGAGCUAGGACAGCUACUGGUUAUACAUGCACCCCAGCGCUACUACCCCACUCUCACAGGUAUAAAGAGGAACUUCGGCGACGCCCCAGACAGAGUGAUGUUCCGCUCCAAGCAGAACGUGGACUACUCCUUCCUGCUGCUCUACAGUGCCCCCUGGAGCCGCUUCUACCUCAUGCUGGAGGACGACGUCGACUGCAGUCACAACUUCCUGUCCGUCAUAAGGGGGCAUAUCCGGGAGCAGGAAGCCAAGGCUGUCGCCUGGACGACACUGGAGUUCUCGUCGUUGGGGUACAUCGGUAAACUCUACCGCUCAGCCCACCUCCCUCUCUUGGCUCGCUUCCUCUUCCUGUUCUACCAGGAAAUGCCCUGCGACUUCCUGAUGAGUCACUUCCGGGUUCUGCUGGUGAACCAGAGGGAGGCAAUCUUGUUCAAGCCGUCCCUGUUCCAGCACACUGGCACGUUCUCCUCCUUCAGGGGAACCCACAACAAUCUGAAGGACAAGGACUUCCAACCCGAGCCGCUGUCCCACAACCCCCACGCCACCGUGUUCUCAGACAUCCCGGCGUACAAAGACCACCUGCCCGGCCACGCCUACCUCCCAACCGACUCGCACUUCUUCUGGGGGCGGGCGCCGUCAUCGGGGAACCACCUGACCGUCAUCCUGACCAAUCCCGUGGUGGUGAGGGGCGUUACCGUGGAGACGGGGUCGGAGGGCAAGGACCUUCUGGCGUCGGCGGUGGUGGAGCUGGGUCGCGACCCCGAGGGGGAGAUAUGUCGGACCUUUGACCCCCCGCUGGGGGAGAUGGGUCCUGACGGACGCUUUGAGAAACAGGAUGUGGAAGAGAUUCAGGGCUCCGCCUCUUCCUGUGUGCGGAUCCGGGUCACCGCCGACCAGAAGGACUGGGUCAUUAUCCGGGCGAUCAGGAUUCGCACGGAGGAGAGGGGGCUGGGUGAGGGGGGGCAGGAAUUGGAGUUCUGGUGAACAUGUAGACACAUACCCUAACCCUACUCUGCCCUUCACCUAGUGGGAUAAUGGAUCACUUUUAUAUCUCAAACCUUUUACAGUACACUGUGUGAUUUGUUCCCAGCAGUAAAGUGUAAUCUACUGUU